GCGCUUGUGCACGAAAUCGUCUGUGAAGUCUGUGAAUCAUGAGAAGAAAGGUUAAUCGCUUCGGGUAAAUGUUCGAAAGGUCUCCCUGGUGGAAUUUAGUCAUUCACGCAGUUAAACAAGCUGAAAUCUUGGACUUUGCACUUCUUUGGUUAUUCAGUCAGGUAGAUGAUAUUUGCCCCAUGACUGGUGAAAUACCUAGUUGAAUAAAAUCCACCUGCAAAACGGUGUCAGAGACGAGUGUCUCUUUAAAACUUUGGCGUGAAAGUGCUCUUAUAGCUCGUGAAGUAUAAAUUUAUCGUGUUUGGGUUAACCAGGAAAAUCCCAGAGAGAGUGUGUCAGUCGGUGAGAAUUUGACCAGUGAAAAUCAUGUGGAAGUCUGCUGAAGAGACCUUAGCUCGUGAAAUAUUUCGUCAUGCCAAGGAGUCCUCCGAUGGUGAAGCCAUCAAGGAUGUUCGUGGGAAUAGCAAAAAGGCCACGAAAGUGCGAAUUGAUGUACCCUGGGGACAUAUUGCGGGCAAAUGGUGGGGCCCCAAGAAUGGCCGCCCUAUCCUAUGUAUCCAUGGAUGGCAGGACAAUAUUGGCACUUUCGAUACUUUGAUACCUCUGCUUCCGGAAGAAUUUGGAUACCUGGCUAUAGAUCUUCCCGGGCAUGGAUUUUCAUCACCCUUCCCACACGGAAUGAGCUACACUGCCUAUGACUAUAUCUGGCUGAUCAAACGAAUUCAGGAGAUCUAUGAGUGGGAAAAAAUAUCCAUUUUAUGCCACUCUCUGGGAGCACUUAUUACUUUUGUCUACGCCGGAUUGUUCCCCGAUAAAGUGGAAUUUGUCAUUGCGCUGGAUGCUCUUAAACCAAAAAUUAUGCCUGAUAUUGUGGAUUAUCUGCAAACCAUGCUAGCCAAUGUUGCAAUAGAAGAUGAGAGGAACCUCAAUCCCAGUGAACCCCCUAGUUAUACCUAUGAUGAACUCGUGGAGAGAUUGCACAUUGGCACCUUCAAAUCCAUUUCGCCAGAAUACUGUCCCUACAUUCUCAGUCGCGGCGUCCGGAAGUCCACCAAAUAUCCCGAUAAAUACUAUUUCAAUCGUGACGGACGCCUAAAAUACUUAAAACAUCUCCUAAUCAGCCAGGAGAGCUGUGUAAUCCUUGCCCGGAGGAUUAACAUUCCCUACAUGUACAUUAGAUGCGAACAAUCAGUGGUUAAAUUCUGGGAAGAGGAAAAGUAUUUACUGGAAGUGAUUGAAGAGAUGAAAAAUUGCAAUCCUCUCUUUGUAAUGCAUCAAGUCAAUGGGAGACAUCAUGUUCAUUUAACUAAUCCCACAGUAGUCAGUGGAACCAUCUCUGACUUUAUCCGGAAGAACUACAAAUCCAAUGGAAAAAUCAAGAGCAAACUCUAGAGAGAUUUUAUAAAAUCUCUUCUUAAAGAUGAAGCGAGUACUAUACUUAUUUUUUUUUGAGGACCCGAUCAUUCCUAAUCCAGAUCACGUUAGCUGAGAUUAUUUUUUUCAAAUCAAUGACGAUAAACUUUAGUAAGGGGGUAAUUAAUUUUAUUGUAAGUCAACACUGUGUAUUAGGGAAAAAAUAUCUAAUAAAAUCAUUUUUAUGAUAAAACAUAAAA